AAUAAAAAAAUUAUUCAAAACAUGGUUUGAUCUAGAAUUUAUUACAAAUAUUUUGCAGCACCAACGCUGGUCGUUAUAGAGUAGUGCACACGCCCAUUUCAUGAUUUCAAAAAACAAGUAUGGAAUAUUCGCUGCAAGACGAAUAAAAUUUUUCCAACUGCGUUCUAAUAAACUUAACUAAGAAAGGUGGAGAUUAUUUUAAUAAAAAUUUCUAAAAUUUAGAAUAACAUAACAUAUUUUCUAUUAUUAGAUUUGAAAUAUGAAUAUUCGAAAACGCUCGAAAGAGAACGUUUGCUUCGUAUAGCCUUGAAUAACAUGCUUUGCGAUAUCGAGUUUUCUGGUAAAGGUCUUACUAGUAUUAGUAAUCACUUUACUUUUCAAAUUUCGUGCCUUGGUAAAAAACGUCAAAAGGACGGCAUUUGAAAGUUUCUCUUUAAAACUUGACCAUCGAAUAAAGAAAAAAUUUACAAAAUAACAAAAAUUUUCAGUUGGCCAAUGUUUUUGAAAAAGCGAUGAAGCAAAGUUCUUCGUUUCUCUAAGAACACGUAAAGAAAUUAGAAACUAAAAAAAAAAAAAGAAGAAAUCAAAAAUUCAAUAAAAUUAGAAGCAGCGACUAGAAAAAUUCAGUAAAAUAUCGAAAACGCGUUAAGAGAAUAAACAAUAAGUGUGCACGAAAAAAAGGAUAGUUGAGAAAAAAUUAAACAAAACGGUAAAAUUGAGUAAAAGAAAGAGAGAGGAGAACUUGAAUAGUGAAAGUAAACAGCGAAAAGAAGCAAAAUAGAAACGAAAGAAAUUAACUCGCGACGGGAGGAAAAGGAAGUUAUCAAGUCAAUCAGAUGCCGCGGGUUUAACAAUGCUGGGAUUAUUUACAAUAAUGGAAUUGCAGCAGAGUAAACAAACUGAAAAAUUAAUCGAAGAAAUGCUGGAGUUUUUGGACUCAACUAGUGAAGAAGAGGAUGAUACGCAAAAGAUCAUCUCAGAAGAGGAAGAACAGCAACAACAAUCAUUGCCACAACAAUUGGUCAAUGAAAAUGAAAGCAGUACCGAUUAUCAAGGAGCUGAGGACGAAUUGGAGGAAGAAAAAGCUCUAAAUAUUGCGCUCGACGAGUGCAGAAAAGAGAGAAAAUCGAAAAAUUCUUUAGCUAAAGGCAUAAAAAAAUUGAAACAGCAAUUUCCGAUUUGGAAUACAAAGGAAAUAGUUAAUCCUCAGAAAAAAAGUUUGGGCUCUCAGACAAACGUCACCAUUACUGAACCAAUUUGGCGGCAGUGUUUGCUAAGUAAGGGCGCAGACGUGAACGGUGAAAGUUCUGAUGACGCUGCUGAACUAGGAGAAAACGAAUGGCAUAAUAAAUUAGAAUUAAAUUGCCGCCGUAGCACUAACAAUGCCUAUGUUCAAGAAGUGCAAAGAGCAAUUUACGGUGAUACUACCGGGCAUCCCGCUAGUGGUUCAAUGGACUAUUAUAAAGCCGCUCAAAAUUACGCCGUCUAUGGUAAAGAUUUCUUAGACUUUCCCGAAAAUUUGCUGCCAUUAUUAAAUGAUAAGACUAAUUCUGGCAACGAGAAUACAAGUAAUAUUUCAACAAACUUCGGCAAUGGCUUGUAUCCAACACCAAUUAGCACCCCAACUACGAGCUGUGAAAAUAACAACGUAGGAUUAGGACUUAAUAAUUUGGGGAAACCAGUAAACACUGCUUGUAGUACAACUUGCUCGUCGGGGAACUCGGCUACGCCAGCAGCUGUAGCAGCAGCAGCGGCAGCCUCGUCAGCUGCUUAUUAUCAAAUGUGUAACAGCAUUCAACAACCAGCCAGAGCAACCGCCAACGCUGCUGCUGGUAAUAAUGCUGCUGCUGCCGCCGCGUAUGGUAUGUUCUUGGGCAAUAAAGUAACUUAUGUGGCAACUGGUCCCACCGCCCCGCCUUUAGUAUACAAUCAGCAUACUUCCACCACCACUAAUUUCAUAUCAAACAGCUUAGCUAAUGCCGCUUUGGCCUCGUCACCAGCGAUACUUUACUCGAAUCCAAUGCUUACUACAACCACGCAACAAUAUUUAAAUACAUUUUUCAAAGAAACUCAAUUUCUAAGUACCGCUGGUGGUGCUAGUUCUGCUCAGGGAGGUGCAGUUGGAACUACUACAGGCAUAUAUGAGCGUUUGGUUUAUGCUCAGAUGUUGCAACAGCAAAUUUAUCACCAAACUCAACAACAAGCAGCCGCUGUAGCUGCCAUGUUUCAGCAUAAGCAACGAGCUUCAGCGGCAGCUGUAGCGGCGUCCGUACGGGCAACAACAAACGGCUCGAAUAAUUUAAUUAAUUCAAAUAAUAGUAAUAACACUGCUCAGGUCGCUACGAUUGUUGCCUCCUCAAAUAGCUCGUUACCAGCUUUAAAUCUAUGCUCUCGUCAGGCAACCAUGACUAUAGGUAAUUCGCCCGAUUUUUUAUUAAUCAAACAACAAACUAACGCUACAAACGCAGUAGCCAUAGUGGCCAAUGGCACCGAAGAUGCGACCAACGCACUAGCGGAUUAGUUCUCACCUGAAGAAUGAUCCGGUUACCGAUUCUCAAUGUACUGAGAUUAAUGUAUGGAGUUUUCUGUCGUUCUAUCUUUUUUUUUCU